AUGGAACAUGAUGACCAUGCAGAUUUUGCUAAGAUGUUUGAUGGAGUGGGUGAUAAUGUUCCUGACAGUAUGGCUAGCCUAUGGGAGCAGCAACAGAAUCUUCUAGGAUGUAAAAGUAAAAAUGCGUACCGAUGGCAUCCAAAGAUCAUGAGAUUAUGCCUGGAUCUUUAUUGCAAAAACCCACAUGUGCUAGACCCCCUCCGACAGUUCAUUAUUCUACCUAGCAAUAGGAGAAUAAGAAAUUUCACUCUGCUCUAUGACUAUAGAAGUUAUAAGAACAAAGUUAAAGAGACUCCAGGUUGGAACGAGGAAGUACUUAUGUGGUGCAGAAAUGCUGCCCAAGAAAAUGGUUUGAAGCCAGGAGAUUACAUGGGUGGUUUUGCAAUUGAUGAGAUGAAGAUCCAGGUAACAUUAAAAAGCAAAUCAAUGCAAUUGACAUAUCGUUUAAAUUACAAUAAGUUGGGUGAAGAAAUCUCAUCUUUCCUUUCAAAUCUUUCUUUAGGAGAACCUAGAGAUGACCUCCGUAGGUGGCAACACAUUUGUGAGGGCAGUGAACCAGAACUUGCAACGCAUGUGUUACAGUUUGUUUUCCUGAGUGACGGUGGCUUCAGGUUUCCCAUUGCACAAUGGCCAUCAGCAAACUGCACACCCAGUGAUCUGUACCAUCUGUUCUGGGAAGGAGUCCUGAAGAUGUUAGAAAUUGGAUUUGAGAUAUACUGGUGUGUGCUGGAUGGUGCAGAUUGUAACAGGCAGUUCAUCAAAUUACAUUUUAAGAACAAGGACCCUGGUGAUAACAAGUUUGUAACAUCAAACAUUUACACUGGUUGUCCGAUGAUAUUUAUCAUGGAUCCAAAGUCUCAAGACCUAUUAAAGCAGCUAUCACCAGUAAUUUUUUGGGGGCUAACAAAAAUAUCAUAUAUUCAACAGCAUAACAUAAAGAAACUCAGGAAUAACAUCUACAAGAGCAAUAAGAAUGGGAACCCCAGGUGCCUCAAAAUUGGUGGAAAGUCAGUCACCUGGAAGCAUUUCAGAAGUGCCUUUGACUGGGACCAGCAGAGCUUCUCACUCCCACUACAUGAGAAAUUGACCAUCCAACACUUAGACCUUGAUUCAGCCAGUAUAAUGAGAAACAAACUUGCUGAAGAUAUGAUAGAUGCCAAGAUGUUGUUUCUAAUGCAGUUAGUACUGGUAAAUAUAUCUGUCAGGUAUGCAUCACUUUCUGCUAUUAUUAAACAAUUUUUUUUUUUUAAUUCAUCAGAACUUGAUAUAAAAACCCAACGACAAUUUUUAAAUUUGUUGUUUUUUGCCACAGAAAUGGUUUCCAGCAAUUUAAAAAUUCUUAUUACCUUCCAUCAACACAUGCUUAACUCAUUGUAUUUCCACUUUCUCUGUGUUCUGCAGAAGUACCAGGAACACCUGAAAAAGAUUGGAAAUGAUGGCGAUGAUUUGGAUGCUGUCAUAGAGCUUCUUCAGCACACAAGCGAAAUUGUCAGCUUAUUUAAUGAUAGGCUUUACAUCAAUUCAUCUGAGGACCUAAGACUUCACAAGCUAAACAAGUUCUAUAACUGGAUGUGCCACUGGGCCAAUGAAACUGAAGGAAGCAGCAAGAGCUUCAUCUCUUCUAAGUUGUGGUUUGAUCUGCAAUCAAUGUGCCUUGGAUUCCAGUCUCUGGUCCAUUACAAGAUGACUAGAUUCCCCGUCACAGUAAUUAAACCUGCGAUUGUAAAUCAAGACUGUGUGGAGAAUCAUUUCUGCCAGAUACGUUCAUGCAAUGGCCAGAAUGAUAAUCCCACCUUCUUGCAGCAGAACUCCAUCAGACUGGGCCAAACAACCAUUAGUACAAAGAGCAAUGCAUCUUGUAACAGCACCAAUGUGUACAUAAGGCCAUCGAUUGAAGGAAUGAAUCGAAAAAAGACUCUAAAGUGACUUUCUUUAUUUGGUUUUUGCAUUUUUCAGUUUAGACUGGCUAGUAUUUUAUGCUCAUAAAGUACUUAACUUGCAGUCAGUAGUUUUAAAAGAACCAUUACCAUUUAAAUUAAUGUCAUUACAUUUACCUCUUGAUAAACGGAUUCUGAUGUGUCCAUCGUCAGAUUCUGAUCUUUCUGCUACCUGAAAAAUUCUGUCAUCCACCGGAGAUGUAAAUGGAACAAAUAUGUGCUGUGUAAUAGCAUUCAGCAGGGCUUCACCAAUAACUGUCUUUGUUGAGCUUGCAGAAACCCUGACAUUAUACGCUUCACAAAGUGCAACCAACUGUG